UCCGCUACCGAUACUAAUACCACUACCUCAUCCUCCACCCUCCUUCCUUCCAAGGUCUCAAUUUUCCUAGUUUGAGUCGCCAUCAUCGCCUCCUUCUCCCCUCCCCUCUAUCUCUCUAAUCCCCAUCUCAAUUCCAAUCCAGAAUAGAUAGUCGGUCAGGAUAAAUAGACAAGAUGUCGGCCAAGGACUGCGGCCACCACGGGUACUGGUCAUGGAAGCGGCACAAGGUGUUCCGCAGCCUCUUCUCCUGCUUCCUGUGCCUCAUCAUCGUGGUGCUCCUCGUGAUCCUGGUCAUCUGGCUGGUCCUCCGUCCGUCGAAGCCCAAGUUCUACCUCCAGGACGCCAGCGUCGGCCAGUUCAACCUCUCGGAUGCCAAUUUGCUCUCCUCCAUCAUCCAGCUCACCAUCUCCUCCCGUAACCCCAACGACCGCAUCGGCAUCUACUACGACCGCCUAGACGUCUACGCCGACUACAAGGGCCAGCAGAUCACCGCCGCCACGGCCCUCCCACCCGGUUACCAGGGCCACAACGACUACAACGUCUGGUCCCCCUACCUCUUCGGCAACGCCGUCCCCCUCGCUCCCUACCUCGCCGUCGCCGCCGGCCAGGAGGAGUCCGCCGGCUUCAUCCUCAUCUAUAUCAAGAUCGACGGCAGGCUCCGGUGGAAGGUCGGCACCUGGAUCUCCGGCCACUACCACAUCAACGUCAACUGCCCCGCCUUCUUCACCGUCGACUCCGGCAAGGAAUUCCGGUUCCAGAAGAUCACCUCCUGCAGCGUCGACGUCUGACGGUGACCCUGACCUCCUCCUUAUAUCCCCUCCACAGAUCACAUCCAAUAAUACUCACUUUUCUUGAUGUCGGUUUGGUUAAACCCAGGAUAAGAAUUAAGCAAAAUAGCGUGCAUGUUAAAAUUAAUGAAUUUAGGGAGGAUGGUAAAUAAAUUCUAGAUGCAUGGGAUAUACAAUGGGUAUUGUUCGUAUGUUUGAUCGCAGCCGUUGGAUUGGAAAUGGUCGGGAAACGAUUAAGUUGGGAUGUAUUGAUUGAUCAUCGGGUAUGGGAUGGGACUGACGUCAUGAUCUUCUUUUUCCUCGGCACUGGUGGUCAAUUUCUUUGUCUGUAAUUAAUUGGAUUUGAUUUCAAUGGACCCUGAUGGAACGUUUUCCCAUUUCUAAAGUAA